AUGGAUGUUGGCAAGCUCAUCACCCUCAUACAGGAGCGUCCCCAGCUGUGGGACACCAGACAAGAUCUUUACCAUGAUCGCAUUAUGAAGGAGCGUGCCUGGGAGGAGAUUACCAAGGAGAUGCUGGCGAGAGAAUGGGAGAAGGGCAAUUCGUCGAAAAGGCGCAGAUUAGUACUACGUGUCAAAACCCGCUGGCAAUCGUGCCGGGACCAAUACCGGCGUGAACGUGUCCAGGGACUUGGCAAAAGUGGAGAUGGUGGACCCCGUAAAAAACCCUAUCUCUAUACCAACCAAUUGCACUUUCUCAAACCCGUGUUGGAUCUUAGGCCGACCGUUGACAGCCUAGAGCAAGAGGGAGAUCAGAGCAGCACCAACAGUGAUGAAGAUGCUGGUGCGCAUCCCCUAGACUCCACACUUACUGCGGAUGACGAGCCCCAACCAGUGCUGCUGCAAGAGAGGGAGGAGUCUUCAGCUUUGGAGGGUCCUUCGGCUGCAAUUCAGUCAAGCCCUGAGACAAGAAGAAGGCAGCCACGGCGGAGAAGGGGGCCAACUAACACUGCCGUCUCUGCCUCAAAUACUCAAGCCCUGGUUCAAAAUCAGGUGCUUGACUAUUUGAGGCAGAGACGGGCGGAAGGAAAGGAGGAGCGGAUGCUCUGUGGUCUUGCUCCUCUUAUCGAAGAUCUGGAUCCAUACAAACAAACACUAUUUAUUGACAUCAUGGGGUCAGUGGCGACAAUUUUAAAAACGCCACUUGAUCCCCAUGAACUGGUGAGUUUGGUGGAAAACCUGAAGCAACGUGCAUUUAGGUUAGCUAAAGAAACCCAAUCUAGGCCCAGUAUGGUCCAACCACCUCCUAGGCCACCCUCAUAUUCACAGCCUCUUUAUUCCCAAGAGUCACAGUUGAUGCCACGGCCACAAUAUCCAGGGCCCACAAUGAGUAACACCGGUGCAAGUUAUGUUGCUGGCCCUCGUCAAACUGGUCCGGGGUUAUAUUUGAGGGAGCUAAUGGAUCUUUAA